AAGUUGCGUAAGAGGCAUUUUCAAUUAAUUGACAGCACCGUAGGAAGUGCUCACCAGGUCGUCCUUGCUGGCACGUGCUUGUCGUGCAACCUUCAGGCAAGAAUAAAGAGAAGCGCGCGAGCGGUGGGAGGAGUGGAAGAAACUGUAAUAAAACCCAGAACGGAGCGCUGGAGACAGUGAGGGGGAGGCGCGUCCGGCGCUUCAGUACAGGGGAUAAUUACCGCCGGCAGAACCGCACGUCUGAUCCGAUCGCCGGCGGUGCAGUGGGACUAACUUGCUCGAGAAGAGGAACACAGUUAUUGAGUUAGUUACUGUCCGAGAAGCUUCUUUGGCCGCCCACGACACGGACAGUUUCUGCACAGUGUCGGGCCCAUGGCGGACUACCUGAUCAGCGGACAGACCGGCUACGUGCCCGAGGACGGCCUGACGGGGCAGCAGCUGUUCAGCGGCGGAGACGGACUCACCUACAAUGAUUUCCUAAUUCUUCCUGGGUAUAUUGACUUCACAGCAGACCAGGUGGAUCUGACAUCAGCGCUCACCAAACAGAUCACCAUGAAGACGCCUUUGGUGUCAUCACCCAUGGAUACAGUCACAGAGUCUGGAAUGGCCAUUGCUAUGGCGCUCACUGGUGGCAUUGGCUUUAUCCACCACAACUGCACCCCAGAGUUCCAGGCCAAUGAAGUGCGCAAGGUCAAGCGGUACGAGCAGGGCUUCAUCACGGACCCGGUGGUGAUGAGCCCCAGGGAGCGCGUUCGGGACGUCUUCCAGGCCAAAGCACGACAUGGCUUCUGCGGGAUUCCCAUCACCGACAAUGGUCAAAUGGGUGGUCGGCUUGUUGGAAUCAUUUCGUCCCGUGAUAUUGACUUCCUCAAGGAAGAGGAGCAUGAUCUGCCACUCAGUGAGGUGAUGACUAAAGUUGAAGAUCUGGUAGUAGCACCAGCAGGUGUGACUUUGAAAGAGGCUAAUGAGAUUCUGCAGAGGAGUAAGAAGGGUAAGCUGCCAAUAGUGAAUGAGGAGGGCUGCCUGGUGGCCAUCAUCGCCCGCACGGACCUGAAGAAGAACCGGGACUUCCCCCUGGCCUCCAAGGACUCGCGCAAACAGCUGCUUUGUGGCGCUGCCAUUGGGACGCACAUGGAUGACCGCUACCGUCUGGACCUGCUGGUGCACAGCGGUGUGGACGUGGUCGUGCUGGACUCCUCCCAGGGAAACUCCAUCUUCCAGAUCAAUAUGAUUAAGUAUAUCAAAGAGAAAUACCCGCAUCUUCAAGUCAUCGGGGGAAAUGUGGUGACAGCUGCUCAGGCCAAAAAUCUCAUUGACGCUGGCGUGGACGCUCUUCGCGUUGGGAUGGGCAGUGGUUCCAUCUGUAUCACGCAGGAAGCCCCUGUCUUUGUUCCUCCUGGUAUAAAGCUCCACAGCCCCAAAACCCCAUCCACUGUUACAGGAUACUCCAUGCUGGCGUGCGGCCGCCCCCAGGCCACAGCAGUGUACAAGGUGUCGGAGUACGCCCGUCGGUUUGGAGUGCCAGUCAUCGCUGACGGGGGCAUCCAGACCGUUGGGCACAUUGCCAAGGCCUUGGCGCUCGGAGCCUCCACAGUGAUGAUGGGCUCCCUGCUUGCUGCUACAACCGAGGCCCCAGGUGAAUACUACUUCUCUGAUGGUAUCAGGCUGAAGAAGUACCGUGGAAUGGGCUCGCUGGAUGCCAUGGACAAGAACCUUGGCUCCCAAACCCGCUACUUCAGCGAGUGCGAUAAGAUUAAGGUGGCACAGGGUGUCUCUGGGGCAGUGCAGGACAAGGGUUCCAUCCACAAGUUUGUUCCCUACCUGCUGGCUGGGAUUCAGCACUCGUGCCAGGACAUCGGAGCCAAGAGCCUCACUCAACUCAGGGCUAUGAUGUACUCUGGUGAUCUGAAGUUUGAGAAGAGGACAAUGUCGGCACAGAUCGAAGGAGGAAUACACGGUCUGCACAGUUACGAAAAGCGGCUGUUCUAGGAAUCAAGAAGACAUACCUUCUUUAAAUUGCCUUUCCCAGUUUAACAAACACUAUAUACCUCCUCUUUGGGGGAUGGAUGGACACACACACCAUUUUCAAACAUGUGCCAGCUGAAAUUCCCCUGACACCCCCAUAAGGCAAAUAGCAGCUCCACUGGAUAAUUAUGCACUUACAUGUCGUCGUACAUUGAAUUAUGCAGUUACACUGUUUAUCAGGUAAAUACUGUCAGCACUCAGCUCGACCUCCUGUCGCUGUCUUCCAGGUGUGUGUCAUUCUCUAAGUAAAGAAAUUGUGUGUGUGCAUGCGUGUGUUUUAAAGCAAGAGGUCAGCAUGUCUGUAAGAUUCUUGAUCUGAUUGAAAAAGUUACUAUAUGUUCAAAGAGUAUUUCAAUAAAGUGCAGAAAUAU